AUUUUCAAUCACUUUCCCAAUAAAAAAAUUUAUAUUUCCUUCAUAGCUUACUUUUUAUAUUAGACUUCUUCAUACCUCAAGCUAACUCAAUUAACCUUCAAAAAUACACAUUUCUUCUUCUUCUUCUUCCUCAUUUCUCUCUUCUUUUCAUCUACUAGAAAAUCUUGAAAGAUUAAAGAAGAAUGGCAGAAGCACUUACAGAAGAUCAGAUUACAGAGUUUCGUGAAGCCUUUUGCUUGAUUGACAAGGACUCGGAUGGCUUCAUUACAAUGGAAGAACUAACAACCAUUAUCCAAUCGCUGGAUGGACAUCCUACAAAAGAAGAAGUUCGAGACAUGAUAAGUGAAGUUGAUGUUGAUGGAAAUGGAACAAUAGAUUUUCAGGAGUUCUUGAACAUUAUGGGAAGGAAAAUGAAGGAAAAUGUUUCUGAAGAGCUAAAAGAAGCUUUCAAAGUAUUUGACAGAAACCAGGAUGGAUAUAUAUCAGCUAAUGAGCUAAGGCAAGUGAUGAUAAAUUUGGGAGAGAGAUUAACAGAGGAGGAAGCUGAACAGAUGAUAAGAGAGGCUGAUUUGGAUGGUGAUGGUCUAGUUAGUUAUGAGGAAUUUGCCAGGAUGAUGAUGGCCUUCUAAUCUGUACGAAAAACAUAGAUCAUGAUCCUUGUAUGCUUGGUUCUUUAGUUUUCUUCUUUGCUUGUCAGGUAGAAUUAGAAAGCAAUGAACUCCUCGUUAUAAAGGCA